AGAGAGGUGGGUCAGAAGCACACGUUGUGGUUAGGCAAUCCAUGUGCCCACAUGGAUGACAAUAGACCCAAGAAGACUCUCUCUCUCUCAUUCAUUAUUAGAAAGAAAGGAAAAAACACAGAAACGUAGUGAGAGAAAGUAGCAAAACAGAACAGAACAUAGGAAAACAGAGAGAGAGAGAGAGAGAGAGAGAGAGAUGAAGGAAAGCAGUGAUGGGUUUGUGAGGGCUGAUCAGAUUGAUCUGAAGAGCCUGGAUGAGCAGCUGGACAGGCAUCUCAGCAGGGCAUGGACGAUGGAGAAGAAGAGGGAGAGCACGGAGGAGGACAGGAGGGUGUCUGUCACCAGACAGGAAUGGGAGAUUGAUCCAGCCAAGCUUGUUAUCAAGGGCGUUAUUGCUAGAGGGACCUUCGGGACCGUUCAUCGUGGGAUCUAUGAUGGCCAAGAUGUCGCUGCAGACUUGUAUGAACUCUAUAGUGUUGCCGUGCUGAGCCGCUGCCAUUGUUUUAGGCCUUCAUUUCGUUUAACAGAAAUGGUUAAGCUGCUUGAUUGGGGGGAAGAGGGUCACAGGACAGAAGCUGAAAUUUCUUCACUUCGGGCAGCUUUUACCCAAGAAGUUGCUGUUUGGCAUAAGCUUGAUCAUCCUAAUGUGACUAAGUUUAUUGGGGCUACGAUGGGCACACCUGAGCUAAAUAUACAAACAGAUAAUGGUCAUCUUGGCAUGCCAAGCAAUGUCUGCUGUGUGGUCGUUGAGUACCUUGCUGGGGGUGCACUGAAGUCAUACCUCAUAAAGAAUCGGAGAAAGAAGCUGGUUUUCAAAGUUGUCGUCCAAUUGGCUCUGGAUCUUGCACGAGGGUUGAGUUAUCUUCAUUCCAAGAAGAUUGUUCAUAGAGAUGUAAAGACAGAGAACAUGCUUCUAGAUAAGACGCGCACUGUCAAAAUUGCUGAUUUUGGAGUUGCUCGGGUUGAGGCCCAAAAUCCUAAUGACAUGACAGGGGAGACAGGAACCCUUGGUUACAUGGCACCUGAGGUCCUCAAUGGCAGCCCAUAUAACCGAAAAUGUGAUGUGUACAGUUUCGGCAUCUGCUUAUGGGAGAUAUAUUGUUGUGACAUGCCAUACCCUGAUCUCAGCUUCUCAGAGGUGACAUCCGCAGUCGUCCGACAGAAUUUGAGGCCUGAGAUACCACGCUGUUGCCCAAGCUCUCUGGCGAAUGUGAUGAAAAGGUGCUGGGAUGCAAACCCUGACAAGCGGCCCGAGAUGGAUGAGGUGGUCUCUAUGCUGGAGGCCAUUGACACAUCCAAGGGCGGGGGUAUGAUUCCGCUCGACCAGCAGCAGGGUUGUCUGUGCUUCCGCAAAUACCGGGGUCCAUGAGAUAGAUAUAUAUCCAUCCAUCCGUAAGCACACACAGAUGAUUUGGAUUCGAAUAUAUAAUGCCCAAGAAAUUGGAAUUUGUAUUUAGGGGGAAAAAAAGGAAGAGAUGGAAUUUGAUCAGAGCUGAGAUGGAUUGGUAUGAAUAGAAAGGGAGGGGUGGAAAGCUCUGCACAUCUUGUCUUCCUGGGGUGAUGUAAAGCUUCUUUUUUUCUUUCUAUCUGUGUAUUUGAUGAGAUGAUUGACUAGAGAGAGAGAGAGAGAGAGAGAGAGAGAGAGUCAGUUUGUUGGAUAGACUGGCAUUUCACCUGUCUCCUAUGUAAGAUUAGCUUAUUUUAUAUGAUGAUUACCCUCUUAAAACCCAA